AUGUCGGAACUUAAUUUUCAAUGCCUCCUCGGAAUUCAGUGCAACGAUUUUGUUAUGAUUGCUGCCGACCAAACUCUAACACAGAGCGUUCUUUUAUUGGGAAAUGAUGGGAACAAGCUUUACGAAGUCUCCGACACCAUAGUGAUGGGCCUUAAUGGAGACAUGGGCGACACGACGCAGUUCGCUGAAUUCGUCGCAAAGAACUUAAAAUUGUACAAAAUGAGAAAUAGUUACAGUUUGAAAACAGCACCGGUCGCACAUUUUACCAGGAACCACAUGGUGGAGGCAUUUCAUAAAGGAACUCCGAAAAUGUUAAAUAUUUUGAUUGCGGGCUAUGAUGAGGAGUGCGGUGGUCAGCUUUAUACAAUGGAUUUCCUGGCUUCGUGUAUGAAGGUGCCGCACGCUUCCCAUGGUUUAGGCGGCUACCUCAGUUUGGGUAUUCUUGAUCAAUAUUACAAGCCCAAUUUAACAGAAAAAGAAGCAUAUGAAGUAUUGAAGCUUUGCGUGCACGAGAUUCAACAGAGGUUGUUUAUAAACUUAUCUAACUUUGGAGUGAAGACCGUCUCCAGGCACGGAAUCAGACAGCUUCCUACAAUCAAUACCGCGUCGUUUCUCCAGACGUAA